UAUUUUGAAUUCCGGCUCUAAUAGAACAAAAUGUGAAGGCAUUGUAGCUAGCUGCCUACAGGGACAAGAGGAAUAGAUUGGAUUUGGGAAUUCCCGUAGCUAGUUCUUUUCACUUUGAUUAGAUCACUGGAUGUCAGACAGCCUCAAGGGGUUGUGGUGCCUAGAACCUAUCAAUUUGAUUCAAGACAUGGAAGACACAAGGUGCAACAUUUAAACCCAACAGAACAACACUACAUCAGUGUGUACCUGGGGACAGUGGUGGGGGUUACCUGACUAGUUUGUGGUUGAAGAGGAGACACGUGAUUUGAACAAAAGCUGGAUGAUCGUUCUUGCCUGGGCUGUUAUUGGAGGAUCUACGUUGAACAUUUAUCUUUUCCUCAUCAGUCCCGCCAGAGAGCCUGCCUAAAAAUAAAGACACCAUCUGAAGAGAAGAUCAGCAAGGAGGUUGACAACUGCCAUAACAUGCCCCCAAUGAAGGAGCCCUUACAAAGACUCCAACUACAGAGAGAAAGUAAAAGCCAACAGAACAAAGUGGUAGCUGAACCCUCUGACACACGGUCACUACCAGGUACACCUGUUUCGGUUGUCCAUCCUAAUUCCAGAAAGGUAAACUCUGGUGACAUUAAUCACAGAAGAAAGCUCACAAAGACCCAGGCAAAUAUGGAGAAAAUGCAUGUUAAUUCACCUGCUACUGGUCAUGCUAGAACUCAAUGUGAAAGUGCCAAUCCUGAAGUGCAUUUAUCACUUACUGGGAGUGAGCAAACAUUGAACUGUAUCACAAAAGAGCUGGUGGGUGUAACAAGGCCAGCAGCAGUAGAUGUUGUUAGGAAACGUGGUCGCCCUCACAAGAAGGCAAAGAUGCUGCAUACUGUGCUACAAACAGUGGAGAGUUCUUCUCAUCUGAGCACUGCAGAAUCAAAGGAUUGGAGUGAAACAAUGUCUGACAGAGCGAAUGCUAUUUCCUUUACUACAAACUGUGUAGAAAACAGGGAUGACACAUCUCUCAGAGCUAUUGAAACAAAAGCAAUAUCUCUAAACCGUGAACCAAGCAAUACAGCGGUGUCUGUUCUUGACUUGUCCCCCCAAGACCAUCAACCAGCUGAAUCCAGCCCUGUGGCUAUCUCACCCUUGGAACCAAAAAGGAAAAGGGGACGACCAAAGGGGUCGACCAAGAAACAACCAGGAAAAACCAUGAACACUAUUUCAGUGCAACAAUCCCAUGUAACAGAAGAAAAACUGGCAAUUAAAAAGGAACCUGAUGAGAUGCUAUCUGAAGAGGAAAAGAGAGGAAACAUUGGUCAUCAGCCUGAGGAAACUCCUGUUGAGCCUAAACACAGAGUAGGACGACCACCAAAGAAAACAACACUCGUGAGGCAGUUUGCGUUAGCACAGAGAAAAUCACAGAGAAAAUCAUGUUCUAUUACAGCAUCUGUGAAUUCCCAGGAUAUUCCACCUCAACAUCAGAAUAUUGAGACUGAGCGUUCGCUAGAUUAUAUUGCAAGGCAUGUGUCUGUGUCACUUAGUCGCGUUGAUUCUCAGCGAGGUGGGACUGCUGACAUGAUCUCUAAUGUGAAGUGUGAGGAUAUUGAAAUAGAGCUGGGGGAUUUUAAUUCCCUGACACAGUCAAAUUGUCUCAUGUCUUUUCAAUGCCAAACUGACACCAGUGUGAAGGUUGAGGCCUGUAAUACUAGUUGUGAAGGCACUGAGUUCAAAAAGCCACUCAAAGUCGACAAACCAGGAGAAACUGCUGGCACUGCUCCCAGAAAGCGAUCCCGGUUUGUUUUUGGAAAAACUAAAUACAAAAAAGGAAAGAGGAAAAGGUUCAUUGAUGAUAGAGGUAGACUCCAACGUGUGACCUCACAGGGAGAUCCAGACACCAUGUCAAAGCAGGUCGAUGAAGGCAAUGGUGAUGUUGGAGAGGAGAUGGACUGUGGCGAGUCAGCUUGGGAGUAUGAGGGUAACACAAAUGACAGCUUUUCAAAUGGAAGUAAGUCAACAGAUGAAGGAUUUAAAGAUUUGCCUGAGAGUCACCAAAAUCCUAUUGUCACUGAUGUAAACAUAUUAGAAACUAUGUCGCAUGAGUCCUUUUUAAAAUCAGAUGUUGUACAAGGUGAAGAAUUCACAAGUAAAAAAAUCAAGGAAGAGAGAGAGGGUGUAGGCAAUGAAACUGAAUAUAACCCAACAAGCAGUUGUGGCCUGAAGGCUAGGGGGAGACCAAAAGGGAGACCAAAAGGCACAGGGAAAACGUGUGAGUACUGCGGUCGCCAUUUUGAUUUUGUGUCUGUAUAUACCGUCCAUCUACGCACUCAUACAGGCGAAAGGCCCUAUAAGUGCAUUGAUUGUGACCAAGACUUUGCCCAGCUAUCUAACUUAAAAAGUCAUGUCAAGAAACAUAACAAGCGCUGUCGGCCUCUGAAGUGUCCUUAUUGCAAAAUGAAGUUCAGUAAUUCAAAGGAAUUGCUUGCUCAUUGCAAGUGGCACUCGCAGAACCCGAACCAGGACUCUGAGCCUGGGAGUAAAACGAAGGAUAACAGAAAUGAGGCCACUCAUACACCCCUUGUUUCUCUGAAAGAAAGGAGAAAAAGGGGAAAGGGGGGGAUACUCAAAUGCCACAUUUGUGGGAAAAUGUUUCCCUUUUGGUCUGGUCUGCAGGUUCAUAUACGUAUGCACACUGGGGAAAAACCAUAUAUCUGUAAAGUAUGUGGGAAAGCCUUUAGUAAUCGCUCAUCAAUUCGUAUUCAUGAGGUGACCCACUGGUCCAUUAAGCCUUAUAACUGCACACGGUGUGGGAAGAGUUUCACUCAGUUGUCGUCUGCAAAAAAACAUCCCUGCAAGGGUCUGAGGGAGAGUAAUGACAGAGAGGGCCGGAAGAAGCCUUUCAUAUCUUUUACAUGCCACAUCUGCGAAGAGAGAUUUGUUCAGAGGCGUCAGUACAAAACCCACCUGAAAACCCAUGCUGAUGUGAAGCUCUUUCGCUGUUUAUUCUGUGACCAGCUGUUUAGUGUGAUGUCAGAAUUUGAAGAGCACCACCAAUAUUGCACCAAAGUUAGGGGGGAGAAGAUGACAUCCAAAUCUGAAUUUAGGAUUUGGAAACCUAGAGCCCCUAAUCAGCAAAGCUCGCAGCAACCAAGUGUCAAGAGUCAUUCACCAGUCACCCAAUUAGUAUUUCCUGCAGCUGCUGAUAGUCACCCAUUUCAGAACCUUGGACAGAGUUCAGCUUCCUCUGCCUCAUUGCUGAACUGUGAACCUACCUCACAGCAAAAACAAAGUGGUCGUCUGUCUUCACAAACACAUCCCAAUAAAGCCAUUGCUACAACUCUGCGCCCCUUCCAAACAUGCAUUAUACCCACAAACAAUCUCACCCCACUUGUAUCAAAGUUGAACAGUCUAGAUCGUAAAUCUGACCCGAGGAAGUACUUAUGCCCACGUUGUGGAAGACUUUUCAGACACACAGGAAGACUCCGAGCCCACAUGCUAACUCAUGCCCACAGUCAGAGCUACACCUGUGACUGCUGUGGAAAGACCCUGGAAAGCUGGAAAAAGCUUUGGCUUCACCAGCGAAUCCACAGACAGAAACUAGGACGGUUCUCAUGUCCAAAGUGUCGCCAAGGUUUCCGCUUCGUUGGGCCCUACAAGCAGCACAUGCUGCGAGAACACCCGGAGUACCAGUGGAUCGAUGAGAGACCAAACAAAACUCUCCAAGGACUUGAACAGCAGCAGUGCCUGCCUUAUCAAUGUGAGGAGUGCAACACCAGCUUCAGGACACUAGAUUUGCUUUUCAAUCAUCAGCUUUGCCAUUCCUCACCAGGUGACCACAGUAUGUUGGUACAGGACGACUGCUAUGAUUACUCUCCCUCGACACAUGAACAUGAUGUACCUUCCAACAUGAAUGGAUUUGACCCUCACAUGAACAGUGGCGUAACACACUCCCAUCAGGAACUCCACCAUACCUACUACCCUUCUCCGCCUCUACAAGCAAACCACCCACGAGGUUCACAUCUCCUUCAUUACUUUUCCAAUCAUUCAGACGUACUACAUUCACUGUCACCCCUUAUACCUGUGCCUCCCCCAAUGCAACACCCAGGUUUCCAACCAGGCCUCCAGUUAUAUGACUCCACCCAGCUGCUCACAAGCCCUCUAUCACCACUGUACUCACAGGUAGAGACCAUUCCAAACCUUGACAGAAAAGAUGGGAAUGUAAACAGGAAGCAGAGUAGAAUUUAUGGGAAUGGGACUAAACGUGCUGCUAGAUCCAAGGAGGACAAGGCGACAAUGGGGGUUGGAUUGUGCGGAGUGUGGUGUUCAGUUUCCUGCUGUCUCACAACUCUAUGA